AUGGCUGCUAUAUCGAAAACGAGGAAUUUUAGAAUACUUAACGUGUUAAAUCAAAAAUACAGCCCACGAAUAAUAUCUAAAAGAAAUUUAAAUCUACAAGAGUAUCAUAGCAAAGAUUUAUUGAAGAAAUACCAAGUUUCAAUACAAAAUUUUCGCCUCAUUGAUUCUUCCUUGGAUCCAAAGUCCUUAUCAGAUUUCAAAGCUGAAGAAUAUGUUGUAAAAGCUCAAAUUUUGGCUGGUGGUCGAGGAAAAGGUCAUUUCGAUAAUGGAUUUAAAGGUGGUGUUCAUUUAACGAAAAACCGUAAUGAAGUACUUAGCUUAGCUAAAAAUAUGAUUGGACAUAACCUUAUUACAAAACAAACUCCCAAAGAAGGUAUAUUAGUUGACAAAGUAAUGGUGGCAGAGAGUGUGAAUAUUGUAAGAGAAACAUAUUUAAGUAUUGUGAUGGAAAGAACUUACAAUGGUGCAGCAUUAGUUGCCUCCCCAGCUGGUGGAAUGGAUAUAGAAGCUGUGGCUGAGAAAACACCGCAUUUGCUUAAAACAGUUCCUAUAGACAUUUAUGAGGGUAUAACAGAUAAAGUAGCCAAGCAAGUAGCAGAAUUUUUAGAGUUUAAGGGACCUUUAAUACAAAAGUGUGCUGAAGAAAUAAAAAAAUUAUGGCAAUUAUUCUUAAAGGUUGAUGCUACUCAACUUGAAAUAAAUCCUUUGGUAGAAACUGAUGAUGGAAGAGUUGUAGCAGUAGAUGCAAAAAUAAACUUUGAUGAUAAUGCACAGUUUCGCCAAAAGGAAAUAUUUGCACUUGACGAUACAUCUCAAGUUGAUCCAAGAGAAAGAGAAGCGGCUGCCCUUAAUUUAACAUACAUUGAUAUGGAUGGCAGUAUUGGAUGCAUGGUUAAUGGUGCUGGCUUGGCUAUGGCCACAAUGGAUCUCAUCAUGUUGAGUGGAGGAAGACCUGCAAACUUCUUAGACCUGGGCGGUGGAGUGGGACAGUCACAAGUUUCUGCAGCCCUAAGGAUACUAGAGUCAGACCCUAAAGUGAAGUCUAUAUUUGUUAAUGUCUUUGCAGGUAUUGUGAACUGUGUAACAGUGGCGAAAGGUAUUGUUGCAGCGUGUAAGGAGAACCCACCCAAACAUCCUCUUGUAAUUAGAUUAGAAGGCACAAAUUCUAUUGAAGCUAAAAAAAUUCUAGAAGAAUCCAAGUUGCCGUUUAAGAUCAUCAAUGAUGCUGAUGAGGCAGCUAGAACUGCUGUUAAACUAGCACAA